GGAGUGCACACUGUCAUGCCCAGGCAGGAAAUGGGUGUGUUUAUUUAAUGUGGGAGUCUGAACACACAAUCUUUGCUCUGACUUUGUCAGUGCAGCCAGUCUGGGAGUGCGAGCAGCCGAGGCUUGAGCAAUGUCUACCCUUCUGCUGGUCGUGGGUGUUGUUGUAGGAGUUGCUUACAUUUACCAUCAUGUUGUGGUGAAGGGAGCACGGUGCACGAGCAAAGCAAAGCUGCAUGGGAAGACUGUGAUUGUGACCGGCAGCAACACUGGCAUUGGGAAGACUACAGCCAUAGAUCUGGCUAAAAGAGGAGCCAGAGUGAUUCUGGCCUGUCGCAGUACGCAGAGAGGAGAGGCUGCCCUUGAGGAAGUCAAGAGGGAGAGUGGCAGUAAUCAGGUGGUGUUCAUGCAGUUAGAUCUGGGGAGUCUCAAGUCGGUCCGCAGCUUUGCUGAAAACUUCCUGAAAUCUGAACCCAGACUGGACAUCCUCAUCAACAACGCAGGCGUAUACCUGCAGGGUCGGACAGAGGAUGGACUGGGGAUGAUGUUUGGCGUCAACCACAUCGGUCACUUCCUGCUAACCAACCUGUUGCUGGACCGGCUGAAGGAGUGCGAACCGAGCAGGGUGGUGAACGUGUCAUCCAUGGCACAUAACUUUGGAAAAAUCGAUUUCGACUGCCUGAACACACACAAAGCUCUGGGGCUGGGCACCUCGUUCAUGGAGGUUCUCCAGGUCUACUCCCAUAGCAAGCUGUGCAAUGUCCUCUUCACCCAUGAGCUGGCCAACAGACUGCAGGGAACUAAGGUCACCUGCUACAGCCUCCAUCCAGGAGCUAUCAACUCUGAGCUGGCGAGGAACGCUAGCUCAGUGAUGCUAAUGCUCCUGAAGCCUGUGACUGUUUUUUUCUUCAAAAACACAGUCCAGGGAGCCCAGACCACCCUGCACUGCGCCCUCCAGGAGGGGAUCGAACCUCUCAGCGGGCGCUACUUCUCCAACUGCACUGUGAGAGAGGUCUAUGCCAAAGCCAAGGACGACGCCGCAGCAAAGAAGCUGUGGGAGCUCAGUGAGAGACUGUGUGGUCUCGCAUAGAAAGUUUUCCAUCUAACUCCUCAUAUUGGGUUGUCGACAGCCAUGUUUCCAUCAACAUACAGAUUUUUUCAUAUGGAUUUUGAAGUGUCGCAUUUGAAAGGGUUGAUAGAAAUGGCAAAAUUUAACAUAAAUUCCUAAAUUGUGCAAUAAAGUUUUUACACUCGA